GGAAGGAGGAGGGUGGAGGAGGGACGGGUCUCGAGAUGAAGAAUAAAAUCAUCGUCAUGCCCUGAGCCCGUCUGGACCUGCUCGAGUUCCCGGGUCCCUUCACCAGGACGUGUAUCGCAUCCUCGACAGCUCGACAGAUAACACCAACCGAAAACGCGAAUCCUAAAAAAAAACCAUGGAGGACAAAGAGAUCAUUGCCAGCAGCGCGCCGGCGUCCCACGACCUGAUCAGUUCGGCCGGGAGCGCGAACGCGUCGGCACCUCCUCCGACCGCUAAAGCUAAGACCGUCCACAAUGCCGAUCUGUACGCAGCUAUCCACGAGACCAAGAUCAACGCCAAGAGCAAGGAGUCGAUUCAUCUGUACUUCUCCAUCUUCGUCGCCUUCUGCUGUGCCUGCGCCAACGGAUACGAUGGAUCCCUGCUCACCGGCGUCAUCGCCAUGCAGCAUUUCCAAAACACCUUCCACAGCGGCACCACCGGCCCCAGCGUCUCCGUCAUGUUCUCUCUCUACACUGUUGGCGCAAUGGUCGGCGCCCCUUUCGCCGCCAUCCUCUCCGAUAGGUUUGGCCGUAGGGUUGCCAUGUUCUGGGGUGGCGUGAUCAUCAUCGUCGGCAUGAUCAUCGUGGCAACCUCCGGCACCAUUCCGCAGUUCGUCGUCGGCCGCUUCGUCCUCGGCAUCGGCAUCUCCGUGAUGACGGUUGCCGCGCCGGCCUACGCAGUCGAGAUCUCGCCCCCGCACUGGCGCGGCCGGGCCACCGGGUUCUACAACUGCGGUUGGUUCGGUGGUUCCAUCCCUGCCGCCGCUGUGGUUUACGGCUGCAACUGGAUCGACAACGAUUACUCCUGGAGAAUCCCCCUGAUCCUGCAGGCGUUUGCCUGUGUGAUUGUCAUGGCCUCUGUUCGCUUUAUCCCCGAGAGCCCUCGAUUCCUCAUAGCCAACGGCCGCGAAGAGGAGGCCAUCGCUUUUCUAGCCAAGUACCACGGCAACGGUGAUCGUAACUCCAAGCUUGUGCAGCUCGAGAUCGAGGAGAUGAAAGAGGGUAUCCGCCAGGACGGCAUCGACAAGCGGCCUUGGGACUACCGCCCCUUCUUGCUGACUCACAGCGGGCGCUGGCGGAUGGCUCAGGUGCUGAUGAUUUCCAUCUUCGGCCAAUUCUCCGGCAACGGUCUAGGUUACUUCAACACCACAAUCUUCCAGAUCAUCGGCGUUACGGCUGUCGACCAGCAGCUCGCGUACAAUCUGCUCAACUCCGUCCUGUCCGCCAUCGGCGCCCUAGCAGCCGUCACGAUGACCGACACGAUGCCCCGACGUAAGGUCCUAGUGAUUGGUACUUUAGCUUGUGCCGCCGCUCUGGCCACCAACUCGGGUCUCUCCGCCGCCCUCGAUUCUCAAGGACAGAAUAUUGAGAGCUCCUAUGCUAAGGGUGCCCUGGCGUCGUACUUCCUCUUCAACAUCAUCUUCUCCUUCACCUACACCCCGCUUCAGGGUGUGAUCCCCACCGAGGCUCUGGAGACCACUACGCGAGCCAAGGGUCUUGCCGCGUCUGGAAUCAUCGUUAACGCUAUGGGCUUCAUUAACCAGUUCGCCGGCCCCAUCGCCCUAGGCAACAUCCAGUACCGGUACAUCUACGUAUUCGUCGGGUGGGACGUAGUCGAGGCGCUGCUCUGGUUCCUCUUCGGUGUCGAAUCCCAAGGCCGCACCCUCGAGCAACUCGAAUGGGUCUACAACCAACCCAACCCCGUCAAGGCCUCUCUCAAGGUCGACAAGGUCAUCGUCCAAUCCGACGGCAGAGUCACAGACAAAGUGAUCGUAGAGCCAACCGUCUAAAGUUGAAAUGUCAUCAGAACGUGGCGUCGUGUCGAGUUUUCUUUUCACUUAGCGUGAACGGCGCAGCUGCAUAUGCAUGUGUAUUGGCUGUCGGGCGUGAGGAUAGGGUCGGAUAGAAGAACUUGUCACUAGGCAUGUGGGAGGUCCGUAGUCAGUUCGUAUAUGGCAACAACCUAAUAAUAUCUACGUAUACCUUUUCA